AUGGCUCCCACGGCGCCUUCGCCGGCGAAGUCCGCCUCCCCGUCCCAACCAUCCGGCAAGAGCGAGGUGUCGGAUCUGAAGCAGCAGCUGCGGCAGCUGGCGGGGAGCCGUGCGCCAGACGCUGAUGAUCAGCGCCGGGAUGUCUUCAAGCGGGUGAUCUCUUGCAUGACCGCAGGUAUCGACGUGUCGGCGGCGUUCGGGGAGAUGGUGCUCUGCUCCGCCACCUCCGACGUUGUGCUCAAGAAGAUGUGCUACCUCUACGUCGGUGUCCAUGCGCGCGCCCACCCGGACCUUGCCCUCCUCACCAUCAACUUCCUCCAGCGCGACUGCCGCGACCAGGACCCAACCAUCCGCGGCCUUGCGCUCCGCAGCCUCUGCUCCCUCCGCGUUCCAAACCUUGUCGAGUACCUUGUUACGCCGCUCACCACAGGGCUGAAGGACCCUAGUGCCUACGUUCGGAUGGUCGCUGCUGUUGGUGCUGCAAAGCUGUAUCACAUAUCUGCUACCACCUGCCUCGACGCUGACCUGCCUGCUGCGCUCAAGGCACUUAUGCUCUCGGACCCUGAUGCCCAGAUCAUCAUCUUGACCUUACCAUGCCACAUGACAAUUUUUACAUGUCCAAUUAUCUCCACAACUUUUGCAAUAAAAAGAACAUUCGGUUUUGGUACUAGUUGGCACGAGGAGGAAGAGGAGGUUAGCCUUGAUGGGCAGGUGGUUGCCAAUUGCUUGCAUUCACUGCUUGAGAUAUGGACCCUAGAAGCUGCCAAUUCAGAGGCAGCAGGGAGGGAGAUUGAGACACUAUAUAGCAAGCCAGUGGUGUUUUACUUGCUAAACAAAAUCAAAGAAUUCAGCGAGUGGGCACAGUGCCAUGUUCUUGAGUUGGCGUCAAAGUUCAUACCAUCUGAUAAUAAUGAAAUAUUUGACAUAAUGAACCUGCUUGAGGAUAGACUUCAGCAUGCAAAUGGAGCUGUUGUUUUGGCAACAAUCAAAGUGUUUCUCCACUUGACGAUGUCAAUGACCGAUGUUCACCAGCAGGUUUAUGAACGCAUAAAGGCACCUUUGCUUACUCUGGUAGGUGCUGGGAGUCCAGAACAAUCAUAUUCAGUGCUAUGUCAUCUGCAUCUUUUGGUGAUGCGUGCUCCCAUGUUAUUUUCUUCCGACUACAAAAGUUUCUACUGCCAGUUUAGUGAUCCUUCGUAUGUGAAGAAGCUGAAACUUGAGAUGUUGACUGCUAUAGCAAAUGAGAGCAACACCUAUGAAAUUGUAACUGAGCUGUGUGAAUACGCUGGAAAUGUUGAUGUACCAAUUGCAAGAGAGUCUAUCAGAGCAGUUGGAAAAAUAGCUCUGCAGCAAUAUGAUGUGAAUGCUAUCGUUGACAGGCUUCUACAAUUUCUUGAAAUGGACAAGGAUUAUGUGACUGCUGAGACUCUUGUCUUGGUGAAAGAUCUUUUGAGGAAAUAUCCUCAAUGGAGCCAUGAUUGUAUAGCUGUUGUUGGAAAUAUUAGUAGCCAAAAUAUUCAAGAGCCAAAAGGGAAAGCAGCUCUCAUAUGGAUGUUGGGUGAAUAUUCUCAAGAUAUGCAUGAUGCUCCAUAUGUUCUUGAAAAUCUUGUUGAUAACUGGGACGAGGAGCAGUCUCCCGAGGUUCGUUUGCAUCUUCUGACUGCGGUGAUGAAAUGUUUCUUUAAGAGACCACCCGAGACACAGAAGGCAUUAGGGGCUACAUUAGCUGCUGGUCUAGCUGAUACACACCAGGAUGUUCAUGACCGAGCACUUUUCUACUACAGGCUUUUACAAUAUGAUCCAGCUGUAGCUGAACGUGUAGUAAACCCUCCCAAGCAAGCUGUCUCUGUAUUUGCAGACACACAGAGCAGUGAAAUCAAAGAUCGGAUAUUUGAUGAAUUUAACAGCCUAUCAGUUGUAUAUCAGAAGCCCUCUUACAUGUUUACCGACAAGGAACAUCGUGGAACAUUCGAGUACUCAGAAGAUCUUGCGAACUUAACUGUUGGGGCAGAUGCUCCAGAAACCGUCAUUUCUGCCCAAAGAUACCAAGAAAACGAUAAUGAUCUUCUGCUAAGUACUUCAGAUAAAGAGGACAACGGUAUAAGAAGCAGCAAUGGUUCUUACACCUCUACAUACAAUGCUCCUUCCGAUUUGCUAAGUUCGCAAACACCAGCUGAAACUGCACUAAUAAAUCCUAGUAGUUCGACAUAUUCAACACAAACAAACUUCAGUCUCGAUGAUCUUCUUGGACUUGGUGUUCCUGAUGCCUCAGCACCUCCACCACCUCCUGCACUGGCCCUCAACUCAAAGCCUGUGCUAGAUCCUGCGACUUUCCAGAAGAAAUGGGGCCAACUGGCAUUAUCCUUUUCUCAGGAAUGCUCUUUAAGUCUACAAGGAGCAGCUUCUUUGAUGAAUCCCCAAUCGCUCAUUCGUCAUAUGCAAAGCAACUACAUUCAAUGCAUUGCUUCAGGCGGUCAGCCUCCAAACUACAAGUUCUACUUUUAUGGUCAGAAAGCUGGGGCUGCUGCUUUCUACCUUGUAGAAUGCAUUGUUAACACAGCAUCAGCGAAGGCCCAGCUCAAAAUCAAGGCCGAGGAUGGGACUACUGCUGAGGCAUUUUCUACCUUGUUUCAAUCAGUAUUGUCUCAAUUUGGGCAUUCUUGA